UUAAAAAUGACUAAAGCACAUUUUCUGAGCACAACAGUCUUAAUCUGGUAAUCAGCAAUAAGAAGAUAACUAGAAAACCCCAAUUGUUUGGAAAUGAAAGAUUAGAUUUCUAAAUAACUCCUGGGUCAGGAAGAAACUACAACGAAAAUGAGAAAAUAUUCUGAACUCAUUAAAUGAUAAUGAAAAUGCAACAUCGAACUUAUGGGUGUGCAGUUAAAGCUUUGUUUAGAAGGAAAUUUAUAACCUUAAGUAAAUGUAUUAGAAAAGAGGAAAGGAAGAAAGGCUGAACGUCAAUUAUAUAAGUAUCCAUCUCAGAAGCUACAAAAUAAUUAGCAAAUAAAGUGAGUGAAUGACUGUGUGUAGCUACCUGGGGAGUAUGUGUGAGGGGAGGGAGAUCUGGUUCUGUGUGGGAAGAGCACUGUAAGCAGACCAGCCGUGGGCUCAGGCUGCCUUGGUUUACAGCUCAACAACUCCCCAUUCCUUCAGUUUCUGGGACUCUUUGGGCAACUCUCCUUUCUAUCUGUUUUCAUAUCGAUACAAUGGAAAGGAAGUUCCCACCUCCUGACUUUGUUGUGAGUUUUAAAUGAGUUACUGUAUACAAACGUUUAGAAUGGUGCUUAGCACCUGAUUAUUUUGAGCAUCUGUGUCUCUGUGAGAAUGAGUCAUAUCUCACAGGCCCCCAGUCUGCAUCUGCCCUGCUCUACAGGUACGAGCAAAGCCCCAAGUUCCACACGAUGACAAAGUUCUGGCAUUCCUGCAGACCCAGUUCCAACACUCCAGCCCUCCUGUGCCUCCCUUUUGUGCUGCUGCUUGAUGGCCAUCCCCAAGAGUCCUCUGAGCCCAGUGCCCUGGGAACAGGAAGGCUUCCUCCGUGUGAAGGUGGAGGAUGAGGAGGCCACCCUCUCUGAGAUCCAGGAAUCUAGCCCUGGCCACACCGCCCACCCUGAGGCUGCUCGUCUUCGCUUCCGGCGCUUCUGCUAUGAGGAGGCAUCCAACCCACAUGAGGCCCUGGCCCGGCUGCGUGAGCUGUGCCACCAGUGGCUGCAGCCCGAGGUGCACUCCAAGGAGGAGCUGCUGGAGCUGCUGGAGCUGCUGGUGCUGGAGCAGUUCCUGGGGGCGCUGCCCCCCAAGAUGCAGUCCUGGGUGGGUGCCCAGUUCCCCAAGAGUGGUGAGGAGGCUGCCGUGCUGGUGGAAGGUAUGACUCUGGCAUUUGACAAGAGAGGAUGGGACCCGAAAGCCAAGCUCUCAGAGGCAAACUGCAAGCAGAGUGAUUUGGAAGAGUCAGAGCCAUUAGACAGGGCCACUGAAACCCUUAUGGGAGGUAUUUCCCUGGGACCCACCUUUGGUGAUGCUUGUGAACCUGAGGGCAGCUCAGAGAGGCAGGCAGGACUCUCGGGGGAAACCUGGAUAAAGUCUGUCCCCCACGAGAUGGAUUUGAGGGAAACUUCAGAGCCUCACAAGGAUGUUCCCAUUGACCAGCCCAGCUGUGAAUCUGGUGCCUUGGGGAAUAGUCCCAAUAUGUGGCCAAAUUUCACCUCAAAAGAGAAGACACCAGAAGAGAAACUUGAUCCAGUAGAUGGUGAUAGGACAGAGCCUCCAUGCAUAUACUCAGGGAGGAGGUCUUCCAAGUGUGGUGAAUGUGGAAAAACAUUCCAGAGCCCCUCAGCCCUCGAGACACAUCAGAAGAGCCAUUCUCGGAAGAAACCCUACACCUGUAGGGACUGUGGGAAAGCUUUCAGCCGGAGCGCUCACUUGGCCGGGCAUCAAGUCAUCCACACUGGGGCAAAGCCCCAUGAGUGUAAAGAGUGUGGGAAGGCCUUCAGCGGGGUCACCCAGCUAACUCGGCACCAGAGGCUCCACACUGGAGAAAAACCCUACAGGUGUGGGGAAUGUGGCAAAACCUUCAGCCACAGUAGCCAUCUCACUCAGCACCAGCGGGUGCACACAGGGGAGAGGCCCUAUGAGUGUGAUGAGUGUGGGAAGGCCUUCAGCCAGAGCACCCAUCUGACUCAGCACCAGCGCAUCCACACUGGGGAGAAGCCCUACAAGUGUGACGCUUGUGGGAGAGCCUUUAGUGAUUGCUCAGCUCUGAUCCGCCACCUGAGAAUCCACUCUGGAGAGAAGCCAUAUCAGUGUAAGUUUUGUCCGAAGGCCUUUGCACAGAGCUCCUCCCUCAUUGGGCACCAGAGGAUCCACACGGGAGAGAAGCCGUACAAGUGCAGUGACUGUGGGAAGGCCUUUAGCCGCAGCUCAGCUCUCAUGGUUCUGAGAAUCCACAUUACAAUCCUGCAGUAACCAAAGAAAGCCCUUGGGACACAGAACAACUUCCCCUCGGAGGAUCAACAUCUAAAAGAAACCCUGGGGCUCCUGGGUGGCU